CGGCGGGUGCAGGUCCCGGCCUGCGCCUGCGGAGGACUCGGGCGGUGGGUCGAAGCGGGUGGCGCUCGCGGCAGGCUGCGCUCCGCGAUGGUGGGCGUCCCUGGAGCAGCCGCCUUCCAGCAGUCUUCAGAGUGCUUAGCAAUUCCAGACCAAACUUGAUGAGAACUGUUUAAAAGACCGUGGAUAGUACUCCCACCCCGGCAUUCUGGAGACUGGGAAAGGAAGAUUGCUGCAAGCUCAGUUGGUUGUGAGAAAAGGGUGCCAGCAAUGCCUGGAUCGCCUGUGGAAGUGAAGAUACAGUCAAGAUCCUCACCUCCCGUCAUGCCACCCCUCCCACCAAUAAAUCCCGGAGGACCGAGGCCAGUGUCCUUUACUCCUACAGCAUUAAGCAAUGGCAUCAACCAUUCCCCUCCUACCCUGAAUGGUGCCCCAUCACCACCACAGAGAUUCAGCAAUGGUCCUGCCUCUUCCACAUCAUCUGCACUAACAAAUCAACAGUUGCCAGCUACUUGUGGUGCUCGACAGCUCAGCAAGUUGAAACGCUUUCUCACUACUCUGCAACAGUUUGGCAAUGACAUCUCACCUGAGAUUGGCGAGAAGGUUCGGACUCUGGUUCUAGCAUUGGUGAACUCAACAGUGACAAUUGAAGAAUUCCAUUGCAAGCUCCAAGAGGCUACAAACUUUCCUCUUCGUCCAUUUGUGAUUCCGUUUCUCAAGGCCAACCUGCCCCUGCUGCAGCGAGAACUGCUGCACUGUGCCAGGGCUGCCAAGCAGACCCCAUCCCAGUACUUGGCUCAGCACGAGCACCUUCUGCUCAACACCAGUAUCGCAUCUCCUGCUGACUCUUCUGAACUGCUUAUGGAGGUUCAUGGAAAUGGGAAGAGGCCCAGUCCAGAAAGGAGGGAAGAGAAUAAUUUUGAAAGAGAUACAGUUCCUCCUGAACCACCUGCCAAGAGAGUAUGUACUAUCAGCCCUGCUCCCCGGCACAGUCCUGCCCUCACUGUGCCCCUCAUGAAUCCUGGGGGCCAGUUCCAUCCUACCCCACCACCUCUUCAGCACUAUACUUUAGAAGACAUUGCAACUUCUCACCUUUAUCGGGAACCCAACAAGAUGCUAGAACACCGAGAAGUUCGUGAGAGACACCACAAUCUUAGUCUGAAUGGAGGCUAUCAAGAUGAGUUGGUAGACCACCGUUUGACAGAAAGGGAAUGGGCUGAUGAAUGGAAACAUCUUGACCAUGCCCUGAACUGCAUUAUGGAAAUGGUAGAGAAAACAAGGCGCUCCAUGGCGGUUCUGAGGCGCUGUCAGGAAUCUGAUCGUGAAGAACUCAACUAUUGGAAAAGGCGAUUUAAUGAAAACACAGAGAUGAGGAAAACUGGGACUGAGCUGGUCUCCAGACAGCACAGCCCCGGGAGCACAGAUUCGCUCAGCAAUGAUUCUCAGCGGGAAUUCACCAGUAGGCCAGGAACAGGAUAUGUACCUGUGGAGUUUUGGAAGAAAACAGAAGAAGCUGUGAAUAAGGUGAAAAUUCAGGCCAUGUCAGAGGUGCAGAAGGCUGUAGCUGAGGCGGAGCAAAAAGCUUUUGAAGUGAUUGCAACAGAGAGGGCUCGAAUGGAGCAAACCAUAGCGGAUGUCAAAAGGCAGGCUGCAGAAGAUGCUUUCCUGGUCAUCAAUGAGCAAGAAGAGUCCACAGAGAACUGCUGGAACUGUGGCCGAAAAGCCAGUGAGACCUGCAGUGGCUGCAAUAUUGCGCGCUACUGUGGGUCCUUCUGCCAGCACAAGGACUGGGAGCGGCACCACCGCCUCUGUGGCCAGAGUCUACACGGCCACAGUCCCCACAGCCAGAACCGGCCACUGCUCCCCGGAGGGCGGGGCUCAGCCAGGUCUGCUGACUGCAGUGUGCCCAGCCCAGCCCUGGACAAGACCUCAGCCACCACCUCACGUUCCUCAACACCUGCCUCUGUGACAGCCAUCGAUGCCAAUGGACUCUGAGCCACGGACUCUGCCCGCCCUGAUGACCACUCCACAUGGCAGAAUGCUCGCACCAGGGAGCUGGCAAUUAGAACAAGUAGCUGUUGAGUCAUCAGCAAGAAACGGAUUGGCAGGAAGCAUCCGGAGGCACUCCACAGCUUCUCUAGGAUUGGCCACGUGUCCUUGGGAGAACCAGUGUGUCAGUCUCUGCACAUAGGAAGUAGCUUGAGCUGCCUCCUCCAUGGCUUUCCUGGUGUUUCUCUUGCAGCUAAAACUGGCAUAACCGGCCCUUCCUAGUGUAGACCACCAGCUUCCUGACUCCUUGCAUCAGCAGAUUGUCUCUAGUGUCCCACCAGGCACCUGUGCCCCAUACCAUCCACAGAGGCCUCAUCUCCACCCUCAAAAGACACUGAUUGGUCUAACAGACUCGAGUAGCCAAAAAGCAGUACUCAGGACUCCUUCCUGAGCCACUCAGACCUGCUAAAUGCUCAGACAUGCCACAAAGAAGCCACCACUUCAGUAAAGUCUCUAGCCAUGGUAAUAAAUUAAAGCAGUCUUCCCCAAGCAUCAUAGAUCAUUUUGGACAAGGUUUCCCAACCUGGCCAGCUCCAUUAGUUUGGAACCCAUCCUCCAACUCCAGUGUUUCCCUUGAUUUUACUUGUGCAAAAAAUAAUCCCCAUCGCAUGGAUUGGUCUGAAAGAAGAGGAAACCAUUGUGUUGGUCUUUUCUCUGAGCAUGCUGGCCAAACUAAACUAUUGAGUGCAUCACCUCUUGGAAAUGCAAAACCCUCUGCUGCUGCUUGACUGUUCGAACAGUCGUCUUGUUCUGUGUGUCCUUUGCUCUCUCAGAUGGUGCAUGUCUGGAUCACUGCAGGUAUCUCUUGCCCAUGGGUUCUGUUUGGCACCUGUCAGGCUACAGUUUGAGCAGUGCUCCUGACCCUGGUGGGACUAUCACACCUGGUUUUGUGGCAUUACACCCCUUCAUGGGUUCAUUAUCAGGUGAACAUUCUCAGCCUCCUUUUUCUGUGUUAUGUAUUUGAUAGCAUCCCUCACAGCUCAGAAAGAGUUUGUGAAGUGUGGGAACCAUUUUGAAAAUCCUGACUGGUUUUUCUUCCCAUCUUCAGGGAUUUUUUCCAAUAUCCUGAUUCUCCAAAUAGAACAUCAUCUGUACCCUAUUUAUCAGGCUAAGUACUGCCAUUUGAGCUUUGUUAGGAGCCCGAGGACCUUGCCCCUACCACUCAUUAUCCUCCAGCAUCCUCUUGCCCUGUAUAGUCAAUUGGGAUGAGUCAUUGACUUGAUCCUGUUGGCUUUUGGAAGCUGUGGUCACCUUCUGUACAAUGACCAAGCCUGAAUACUAGCCCUUGCCCCAUAAAGGCAUGGAUGGCAUUGUCCUUGCAUACAGUUAAAACUGAUUUUAAGAAUUUUGAGUCCCUGCAGGGCGGUGGUGACACACACUUUCAAUCCCAGCACUUGGGAGGCAGAGGCAGGUGGAUCUCUAUGUUUGAGGCCAGCCUGGUCUACAGAGCUAGUUCCAGGACAGCUAGGGCUACACAGAGAAACCUCGUCUUGAAAAAAACCAAAAAAGAAAAAGAAAAAAGAUUUUUGAGUCCCUACCUUAUUUGAACAAGGAUUUUCAAUCUUAGAAAGUUAGACCUUUAAAAUCACGUUUCAGCAUAGAAUACCCAAGACCCACUGCUUGUCAGACAGCCUAGUGCAGCCUGGCCUCCCUAGCCAUAUCCCCAUCAGCCUGCUGUUGUAGUGUCCUAGCCACUAGGGACAACUUUGAUUUUCUAGGUAGAGUCAGGGCUGUAUCAUGAGAAGAUCCCAGGCUUCUGGGAGUCUGAGAAUGUUUCCUGGUGUGCCCUGGGUCCAUUAUUCAUUAGUAAAUUGGAUGAACACUCAAAUUAAAAUCUUGCGGCCACAGGACUACUCCAGAUGGUUAGAAUAAAGAGCUGGAACCAGCUCACUACUUCUUACCAGGUUGGAGAUCAGUUUCUACAACAGAGGUUUGGGGUGAGAGCCUGGCAUACUUUUGUGGGCUACAUGGUUGCCCUGACAGAUUCUCAGUUUCUAUAGUCCUAUUUGGGGACUGCGUGGCUUCUGUGCCCUGCAUAGGUUUGUCUAUUGACCUAGACAAUACUUUACACUAUAUAGUUCAGUUCUCAGACCUGUCACUGUCUUGACUCUGGUCAGCAUCACUCUUAAGUGGCAUCUGCUUAGGACUUGCUUUUCAGAGUCAAGGAGUUCCUUUCUGCAGUUCUCCAACUCCUUCCUCGUCAGGAGGAGCAGCAACAGCAUCUGGGGUAGGAGCUGGAGUUACAUCAGUGAGUCCUGGCUCCCCACUUCAUUUCUAGUCUGCUAAUAUGACCCGUUACUAGACUGCAAGUGAACGUAAAGCUUCCAUUCAUCACACUAAGACAGAAAAGAAGAAACAGCUGAGUCAGCCUACUCAGAGGUCUGGCUUCCGCAGUAACUAUUUGGGGAACAAAAAAGAUCAGGCCUUUAUUAUCCUUUACCAAGUGAGAUAAAAUCGCAGGAACCAGACAAUACCAAAAAGUAGCCAGACUGGAGUUACACAAUCAUUUCUCACUCCAGCAAAUGGUGAAGACUUGGUAGGUAGGACACUGUGGAAGCUAGGUUGAGAUGUGGCAUAUUUGGUAGUGUGGCUAGCACGCAGAAGUCCUGGAUCUGAUUCCCAGUAUGACAUAAACCAGCCAUGGUGGUGCAUAUCUGUAAUCUCAGCAUUUGGGAGCAGAAGGACCAGAAGUUUAAGGUCAUCCUUAGCUACAUAGCAAUUCCAAGGCCAGCCUGAGUUACAUAAGACCUAUCUCAACAAAAAGACCCAUUGAAGAAGGGUCCCUGCGGCAGCUCCAUCAGAUUGGCUCAUGCCGACAGGUGGUGGUAAGGGCACAGGCUGAGUGGUUUUUCCCUGAGGCACUAAGUCACAUGCUGCCAUCUAUCUGUGUGGAAACAACAUUGCUAAACCCCCCCCCCCCCAGGUCUGCUCAGGGAGUUGGCUCUUCUGCAGUGUGGACUCUUACCCAUUUGAUCCCCGGAAAAUGCUUCACAUCUUGAUGUCCACUCUAGCAUCUUUAGCUUCCAGAGGGGAUAUCUACAUUUUAGUUUGUAUAUCCCUGUCCUAAAAGAUGAAGUGGCCCAUACCUGCUUAUAGAGUAUGAAGACAUUUUUCUGAGUGAUUCUGGAAGCUAUCUCAGCAAGUAUGUGAGGACUCACAGAACUGCAAGUGUAUGGUAGUGGGUUCUCUCUGGAGCAUAAGGAAUGAGCAGAUGGCCAUCGUCCUGGAAACUGCAGACGGGAUUGUGGGUUGAAUAAACCAUUACAAAUAGGACACAUCUUGAGGCUUUCUUCAGAACUGGACUAGAACCAAGGUUUCCAGGCUCCUGGCACAGGAGACCAAGCCAGUGUGCUUUGAUUAAUGUUAGCUGUUUGCAGAGAACUGGGUGGUGGCAUGUUUGAACCAAAUGUGAGAAAAACCAGAAGGAACUGAGCUGGCCGUUGUGGGCCAGGUGGCCAGCUGUGGAAGAUUCUUGACCCGGCAGCUGCUGAGCAGAGCCUGCCCACUCAAGUGUAUUCCUUGUAAAGCCAAAAUGCUGAACUACCCGCUUCUGUCUUGUGUGUUGACACCCAUUUCCAAAGACGAUGGAGUAAGUGUGAACCAGGAGGAGGUUGAGGUGGUGGGUGAUGAUUCGCCCCUCCCAUCUCUCCUUCCACAGCCCAGGAGGUGAUGCUUCCCACUCAGACCACAUCUUAUCAGGCCUCCAGAUGCCCAGUGUAAACUGUCAGUGCUUAUACCAAAUAGGGCAUGUGCAGCUGGUGUCUGUCAGGGACAGCCCAGUCCCUGCCUCGUAGUUGCCAGGGAGAAGCUGCAACAGUUGUUCGGUGAAUGGUUGAAAGGACUGUUGGAUAUAAGGCCUUCGUUCCAUUCCUGUGGCCUUCCAAGUUCCUGAUGAGGCUACAAAGGCUCCAUCCCUACAGAAAACCAAUAAUGUAAAUAGAAAGCCAAGCCUUCAAGCAUGGUUUGCAGAGGUGGGUGAUGAAUGUGAAGCCACCUGCAGGACACAUUUGAGUCUGGUUUUUCUGUGCUUUGUCAUUUGACUCAAUAGGAACUUUUGUUACUUAACUCUGUGCAUAACUUAUUUAAUGUACUGUAUAAAUGAACCAAAACUGUUAAAUACGUAUUUAGUUUGUUCUACUUAAAGUAGUUAAUAAAAAUGCUAUAUUCCUUUUCUGACUCAA